GGUUGUUACCCAACGAUCCGUCUAAUAGUUUUUCUUAACAAGCGUUUUAGUGAUAUAGACGCGCACAUGUUUUCGGAUUUGUGUGCAUUUCACAGAAAUUAUUGUUUACUUUUUUUAAAUUAUUGUUAGGACGGAUACUAGUCGUAGAUAGUCAAGAUGCACAAAAGUUAUCAGUCUAUACUGCCGACCCACAAUAAACUCCUACAGAAGCGCUGGGACAAUACUUACUAUGACGAACACAGGCGAAAGGUCCGAACAGCCGCACCAAUGGUGGACACAAAGGCCCCACCAACCUACAUGCAUCUUCACCUCAAGCUCAAAAAGCUACAAUUAGAAGAGGAGCGCCUGGCUACGAUAGAGAGAGACAACAGAAUUCUUUUAGAAAAAAUGUCCUACAUCAUGAGAACGCGGGGCAGGGUGGACAAUAGGAACAUGUAUGAAUAUAAAAGCUUAAACAAAGAGAAGAGACAGCGGGAACUGUUACGUGUGACUAAGGAGAACCAAGCAAUCCUACAGAGAAUCACGCUACGACAGCCAGAAUACAGCGCCAAACGCUGGGCCGAUAUCUGGGACGAGGAGCAGAAAUUUAUUGACAACAUCAGUCACUACCCCAAGGACUGGUGGACGAUGAAGGAGAGGAGUAAAUCCAAGCUGGAGAGUCGCUCUCAGAAGAAGAGGUCAGAAACCCGGGAAAACGAGGAGAGCAUAGACGAGGAGAGGACGGAGCUAAAGGAGCAGACCAAACAGGAACCGAAGCAGGAGCAGAAGAAGGAUGCGAAGGAUGAGGAGAAGAGUGAACUCAAGGAGAAGAAGACCCAGAAAAAAGAGGAGCCCAAGAAGUCAGAGUCGCCCACCAAACAAUCCGAGUCACCUACCAAAUCCAAUGAGGAUUCCAAAGUAGCAGAAUAACAAGUGUACAUAUGCUGGACUAUUUUAUUAUGACCUCUCAACUCACUUGUAUGAUUAAAAAAAAAGGAUGUAAAAUUUAAAGACUUGUUCGGAAGCUGUGGAUUUGUUUUUAUCAAAGCAGGCAUGGUCCUUAAAGUGUUUUUUCCAGUGGAUGCAGUGAAGUGUGGAAAACAUUGUCAUCACAAUCUAUUGCGUACUGACGUCACCGAUCUACAGUAUUGUUUCUUAUCUAUCGAGCAAUGAAUGUGCGGCUGUGAAAAUUGUUAACUAUAUUACACAACAUAUCAGGGCUUUAGUAUGAUUCCUCUCAGACAAGAACUCUACCGUUCCUGUCCCUUUCAGAACUUUCGUUGUUUGUAUUUGGUAUAAAAUGUUCCCCAAAUUAUUUUUGUUAGGAGUACAGUGACUGUACAUUUACACAAGGGUACUUAUGUGUGUAUUGUUUGUUUGUAACAAAGAUUGAGUAUUACUGUUUAACUGAUUACAAUCAUGACAAUGAAUUCAGUGUGUCGUACGACUUCGCUCGCAUUUCUAUACCAUGUGACGCGAGGCUACCAACACGGAUUCACAAUGUUGGAUACAUUGGCUGAUGAGUUUUGUUUCUUUGUUUGCUUUCUGUGAUACUAGCCGGACUGUAUACCUCCGACAUUGUUUGACUCUGUAAGCUGCUUAGGCUAUGUGUAACCCAUUAUAACAGUAUUCCAAUAAUCAUUCUAUUAUGCACACUGACCAGUUUAUCCUAUGGUGGUCAAUCUAAAGGUUCAUACUUUGUAUCAGAGUAAUAUACAAGUCAUUCACUCUAUCUAGAUAGUAUUAUGGUUCAGAUAUUUUAAAGCUAGAUCAUGUGGUCAAUAUUUAUAGGUUGAUAUUUUUAUUCAGUUUGCUAUGUAUUCUAUUGACAUCUUCAAUGGGAGAUAAUUUUGUACCCUGUGAUAAAAGGUCCAUUUCUCUGCGACUAGGUCUGAUCUGUUAUGUAUCAAUCAGUAUUUCAUGUGUGUUACAUGUAAAACGCUAGUUAGAAGCAUUUUGUUCCAUUUUUAUUUGAAAUUCUUUUUUAAGAUUGAAUAAACUCAAUUGAAUAUUC